AUGUCACAAUCCCCCAGGGUCAUCAUCAUCGGUGCUGGUCUAUCAGGUUUGGCUAUUGCCCAGGGACUUCAAAAGAAUGGAAUCGACUACAUCGUUAUUGAGAGAGAAAGCGAACCCAGAGAUCGCAACUGGGGAGUCACAAUCGCCUGGAGCCAUCCAUUUCUAGCCGAACUUCUUCCGGACCAUCUUUUCCGUCGUUUGACGGAUUGUCAGCCUGAUCCUGGUCUGGAUUCCAAGUCAGCUGGCCGCGAGAGUGUCAUCAUCCGUGAUGGACACAACGGAAUGACCUUGGUGGAACCACCUUUUCCUGGAGUUCGAAGACUCAAUAUUCAGAAAACGAGGACUAUCUGGGCUCAGGGUGUAAAUGUCAAGUUUGGGAAAACCAUAACCGACAUUCAAGUCAAUGUAGAUGGAGUUGUGGCUCACUUCCAUGACGGCACUUCCGAAUCCGGUUCAGUCUUGGUCGGUUCGGACGGUGGUGGAUCGUGGGUUCGUCAGUGGCUUCUUGGUGACGCAGCCAUUUCGACUGUUCUUCCUUAUACGUUCCUCAAUUUCUCAUUCACCUACACUGCCGAGAGGGCAGUCAUGAUGGACAAAAUGAUGCAUCCCAUUGUGGACGUGGGCAUCCAUCCCAAGUCAAUGUACAUUGGAAUCUUCCUCCUUGACAAGCCUGAUCUCGAGAAACCAGAGACCUGGAUCUUUUAUAUUCUUGCGACAUGGCCAAGAUCGGAAGACGACUAUCGAGAGGGCAAAGAUAUGGUGCAGGAAUUGAAGAAGAGAAUGGACGGUUGGGCGGAUCCAUAUCGAUCAGCGGUGGAAUGGAUCCCACCUGAAACCAAAGCAAAAGCGGUUCCUUUCAAGAUCUGGGGACCAAAAUCGGGUUGGGACAACCGAGGGGGCAGGGUGACAUUGUCUGGAGAUGCUGCCCACAGCAUGACCUUUCACCGAGGACAAGGGGCAAACAACGCCAUUCGAGACAGUGAGCGCUUUGUUCAUGCCAUGUUGGCCGUCAAAUCGGGUGAAAAGACUCUGACCCAGGCCAUGGAUCAAUAUGAAGAGGAUGUUGUCACGCGAGGCCGAGAAGAGGUGGAGGUAUCGAGAGUCCAAACCGUCGCAUUGCACAACUAUGAGGACUUCUUCAAUAGUCCCAUAAUGAAGCAUGGCAUCAGACCGACAAUCGACAUUAACAGUUUGAAAGGAUAG